AUGUCGAGCGCGGCGAGAAAGAAAUCGGACGUGGCUGCAACCUUCAAGAUCACCAGAAGCACGUUGAGCACGAUACUAAAGAAUAAGUCGACAAUCAAGAACCAAGCCCACGAACGACCGAAUGCCGACAGCAAACGCAUCCGGAAACCGGCCUACGACGCGGUGGAGAAGACUCUCUACCAAUGGUUCCUGGACAUUCGCGCGCAGAACCUACCCGUCUCUGUUCCCAUGCUGCAGAGCAAGGCGAGAGAUUAUGCUUUCGUCAUGGGGGUUGAAGAUUUCACCGGAGGCACUGGAUGGCUGCAACGGUUUAAGACCGCUACUCGAUUGUGGGAAAAGUAG